CAGUGCUAAUUUUGUACUGUACCGUGCAAAAUUAAUAAACAGUUGUUUUUUUUCGAACCGAGAGUGAAGGAUACAACACCCGAAGAUUCUACAAAAAAGUGCACUUAUUCUGCCUCAUGGAUCUCGACGUGAUAGAAGGGCUGAAUGAGGUGGUGCCUGCCGUGUACCGCGCUGCCUUCAAGCUCCGGUCCCUGCAGAAUCUCUGCCAGAUGCACGUGGUCAGGCUGUCUGCGAUUGGCCCGGCGCUGCACAGGCUGGGCGUGGCUGUGGGCCCCGGGGGCGGGGUCACAGAGGCUGAGAUGGGGCGGAGCCUGGGACAGCUGUUCCGGGGCGUGUCGGCGGAGCUCCCCGGCCAGGUCCCCCCGGGAGGCGCAGAGCAGACCUCCAGACUCCUCUUCAGGCUGUUCGACCGGGAGCAGACAGGCUGCAUCUCCCUGCGGUCCGUGGAGGCGGCACUGACUGCGCUCUCAGGAGACACGCUUUCUGCUAAACACGCAGCUCUGUACCAGCUGGCGGAGCGCUGCAGCGGAAGACAGGGCAGAGAGAGCGGCACAGUGAGUCGGAGCGGCCUGAGAGCUCUGCUGGAGGACCUGAGCCAGAUCCCUGCAGUGGUGCAGGAGAGCCACGUGUUCGGUGCAGUGGAGAGCGCAGUCCGGACCUGCUUCCAGGGGGUGCUCAGCGCGGGCGUGUCAGAGGAGGUCUUCCUGCGCUGGCUGCGCUCUGAGCCCAGGCUGCUGCUCUGGCUCUCCACCCUCUACAGGCUCUCUGUCAGUGAGGCCGUGCUGCACCGUGUGCGCUGCCACGUCUGCAAGGCCUUCCCCAUCACCGGCCUCAGGUAUCGCUGUCUGAAGUGUGUGAAUGUGCACCUGUGCCAGACCUGCUUCCUGACUCACAAACGCAGCAGGAAACACAAACCCUCACACCCAGUGAUGGAGCACUGCACCCAGCCUUCUUUCAGGGAGUCUCUGACCUCGCUGGCACACAGCGCACGCCACACGCUGAUGAGGAGGCGAUUGGCCACGAGGGAGGCGGAGAGGAGGAGCGCACUCUGCACAGAGAUUCCUCCCAGAAUGCCGUGCAGUGCCCCCACAGCAUCCGUCUUGUCACAGACCACACCUCCUCAGACACGGGAGCCUCCCCCUGGUCCCAGCGCCACGCCCCGGCAGCCCAGCGCCACGCCCCGGCAGCCCAGCGCCACGCCCCGCCAGCCCCGGCUCAAGUCAAAGGGCUUACAGACGGACACAGCGCUGCAGCCUCAGAGGAAGACGUCGCUUCUGAAAAAAGACCUGAGUCAGACACGGAUGGCGGUACGGGAUCUGCAGAGAGAGAAGUGGCAGUUGGAGAAACAGUUGCAGGCAUGGAGAGAAACUGUAGAGUCAGAGCAUUCCUCUCUAGAGGACAAGUGCUGUCACUUAGAGGCCACAGUGGAAGUCCUGACCCAACACAACCAGAACCUCCAGGACGAGCUGGCCCAGAUUCGGCUGCUACCACUCUACAUGAUUCCUGUGCCUGGCGUCUCCCUGGCAACUGUAAGUGGUGAAGGAGCGGGAGACUCGGAGACGUGGGAAUCAGAGAGGGAGCAAACGGCCGGUGAGCGCCCCCUGCAGGAAGAGGAGGCUCCCACAGAGGUGCAGGUCAGCGAGAGUGAGGAAGAGCCCAAAGCAACACAGACCCCUGGUGCUGGUGACGCUGACCCCCAGUGCGGGGGAGACCCGGCUCACAGCCCCCAACAGGAGGAGGACCAGGGGUGUGCUGGGAAGGCUCUGGUGGACCGAUCAGAAAGCCUUCUGGAGCAGGAGGAGGAACUGGGUGACCUGGUGCUGCACCUUAAGAGUGCACUCGCUGUUGACAGAUGCACAGGUGCUGGGUCUGUGCAGACGCAGGAGCUGCUGGCUGCAGCUGAGGCAGUGGAAGACUCCGUGUCGCAGCUGGUCUGCGCAGUCAGCUCCUACGCCCUCGCGUCCCAGCCCCGCCCACCGCACGGGCCCGCACUCUCAACCAAUCAGGCCGCAGCACUCAGCCAGCUGCGCAGUCACUGCACACAGUGGGCCUCCGCCCGCAGCUGCAGCCGCAGCCAAUCCACCGCGCAGACGCACUCAACCGCAGCCGGGCGGCCGCUCUGGGCUUCAGGACACCAAAAGCGAAAAGUAUAAAAAUAUCCAGAAAAUAUUGAGAAUAUUGUGAAGUAAGCACACAGAAGAGGCCCCAAAAUAAAAUAAUUUUGUUGUUUUUUUAUUGAACUUCUUCCAUCUGAUUGUGAAGCAGUGUGAGGAGGGUUCACAAGAUGGGAGGGGUUAUCUGUGUGGGUGGGGAUAGGUGGGGUUAACAUAGACCUGACCCCCAGUGAUUGCUACGGCAGCACGGGGAAAACAGAGAAGCAGCGAGCUUCGCUGCAGGCUGGAGUUGGGAAACAGCGGCCAUUCUGUGCCUGUGUGGAGACUGAGGGACACAGAGCAGGGCUGCUUCCCUCCUCCACUCUGCAGAUGCACCUCGUUCUCCUCUCUUCACUUUGGAUUUGGCAAAUCCGACAUUUUAUUUUUUACAUUUCUUUAAAUAGUCAAAUAAAAACACAGAUGUGGGAGUGGCCAAGCAUAUAAAAAAAUCGCCUUAUCGGUAUUAAUAAUAUUACCAUUGUUAUUGUUUACAUUUAUUAACCCAUAAGCUUGUGCAAUACCUUUCUUUGCAUAGUAAAUAAAACUUAAAUGGU